CUCCAAACUAACAUGGCAGUCAGACUGUGUGAUGUGGCUUCUCUGCUUAGAAGUGGUUCGUGGGCAGCAGAGCCUUGGACUGGGCAGGUAAUCGCUGCCAUGGAAGCACAGCUGUCUAAUGGACCAACUUGCAAUAACACAGCCCAUGGUGCAACCACCAUAAACAGUUGCUCGUCACCAGUUGAUUCUGGACACACAGAAGACAGCAAGACCAAUUUAAUAGUCAACUACCUUCCACAGAACAUGACGCAAGAGGAGCUGAAGAGUCUGUUUGGCAGCAUUGGUGAGAUAGAGUCUUGCAAGCUUGUCAGGGACAAAAUAACAGGACAGAGCUUGGGUUAUGGUUUUGUGAACUACGUUGAUCCCAAGGAUGCUGAAAAAGCUAUCAACACUCUGAAUGGAUUGAGACUUCAAACUAAAACAAUAAAAGUUUCCUAUGCGCGACCAAGUUCAGCUUCUAUCAGAGAUGCAAAUUUGUACGUCAGUGGACUUCCCAAAACAAUGACCCAGAAGGAACUGGAGCAGCUCUUUUCCCAAUAUGGACGCAUUAUUACUUCACGUAUUCUAGUUGACCAAGUCACUGGGGUGUCAAGGGGUGUGGGAUUUAUCCGGUUUGACAAGCGAAUUGAAGCAGAAGAAGCUAUCAAAGGCUUGAAUGGCCAGAAACCUCCAGGUGCCACCGAGCCCAUCACUGUAAAGUUUGCUAACAAUCCAAGCCAAAAAAAUAACCAGGCCAUCCUUUCUCAGCUGUACCAUUCUCCAAAUAGAAGGUAUCCGGCACCGCUAGCUCAGCAGGCUCAACGUUUUAGGUUGGACAAUCUGCUCAACAUGGCUUAUGGAGUAAAGAGUAGGUUUCCUCCCAUGACCAUUGAUGGAAUGACCAGUUUGGCUGGAAUUAAUAUCCCUGGACACGCAGGAACUGGAUGGUGCAUUUUUGUGUACAAUUUGGCCCCUGAUGCUGAUGAGAGUAUCCUCUGGCAAAUGUUUGGACCCUUUGGAGCAGUAACCAAUGUGAAGGUCAUUCGUGACUUUAACACAAACAAGUGCAAAGGGUUUGGAUUUGUGACUAUGACAAACUAUGACGAGGCAGCUAUGGCAAUAGCCAGCCUGAAUGGAUACCGCCUUGGGGACAGAGUAUUGCAGGUCUCCUUUAAAACAAACAAAACGCACAAAGCCUAACAAGUUAUUCUCAGUGCAUUAAUAUACGAAAUCUAUACAACAAAGGCAAUUUACAAGAAGCUUUAUGCAUUAGUAAAUGCCUUUGUUGUAUGCCAGUGUGGAAAUGGGGAUAAAAUGACUACUUAGCAUCCUAAGAAUAUGUGAGAUUUUUUAUUGCUAAUAUUUGAAUUAGAACUUCUUAAAUACCUUUUGUGUUUGAAUAUUGACAAGAGGUACAGGGUUUUUACCUGUCACAAUGCAUUCUAUUGCCUUCUUUGAAGAAGGUGGACCUUUUAAAAUGUUUCAGCUAAGGGAAGAAGUUUUUUCUUUACAUGACUGCCUUUAACCUAUGAGUAAAUAUUGAGGCUUUGUGUUAUACUACUUAAGUUUGUUUUUAUUUCUUGAUCUGCC